CUACCAAACGACAUGAUGUCUCUCGCAGACUACUCGUACGACCCGGGCGCCCUCAACGACAGUGACGACGGUGAUCCUGGUCCAUCUAACUUCAAGGGCAUCAAACGGGGCAGUAGAGCUUGCGACAGAUGUCGCAAACUCAAGAGCAAAUGUGAAGCUACAAGCGGAAACAAGUGCAAGAACUGUGCUGCUGCAGGGACGCCCUGCACUUAUCAGGGCCCUUCUUUCAAACGAGGACCACCUAAGGGCUAUAUCCAUGCUAUCGAGCAGCGGUGGCAUCAAGUCGAAUGCAUUCUCGGUUCUCUCAUGGCCAUCCCUCAAGCUCAGAACGUCGUUUCACAGCUGCGCGCCGAUUCGUUUGCCAACUCCAUACUCGACAGGGUUGACUCAGGUCCUUAUGGUCCACGAGGCAGGGCACUCGAGCGACAAGGAGUAACCAGUGGAGACUUCUAUGCAACCAUCAUGGGUGCACCCGAGGCUUCAAGAGACGACCGUCGCGUUCGGCGACAAUCACGCAUGACGCGUGAGAUUGUUUCCAGCGAGAAUCCGUCGGUGCUAGCGACCCCUACCAAAGAUUGGCAGGAUCAACUCAUUCGCCGCCUCUCAGGAGGUCAGAUUCCGGAAUAUCCCAUCUCUCCCAUACACACGAGCGCAAGUCCAGCAUCUGCGUCUUCAUCAUCCUACCGGGGUAUUUCUGAGGCUGUUGAGCCUGGCAGACAGAGAAGGAGGCUUGAAGGGUCGUACGUUCAGGAUAGCUCGCCUUUACACCAGGGUAUCUAUGAAGGGGGCGGCGGCUCAGAUGAUUCAUACUCUAAUUGGGAUGAGUUGGACGACACAGCUGAUUCUUUCGGCCACUUGGCCCUCGACGACCACAAAGAGGUGCGCAUUCUUUCUGAUCGUGCAGAAGACUCAAAGGACAUCGAUGGACUAUGGAAAUUCCCAACGCUCAAGGAGGAAGCCCGAUCCGAGGAUUCGACAUUCUCAGUCUUCGAUGCCGAAAAUGACCCGAGAAUAGCAUUGCCAUCCCUUGAGAUACAGAGGCAUCUCGUCCAGCUGUACUUCGUAUAUGUGCAUCCUUUCUUUCCGGUGAUACACAAGUCGCAUUUCUUAGCCAACUUUCCAAUACAAAACAGAUCGGACAGCCAGAUAUUUGGCGGACAGCACCCGUCGGCGUCGGAGAGAAUGCCAAUGCAAAAGAUCAACAAGCUACUCCUGCUUGCUAUGUUCUCCGUUGCUGCACGGUAUGCGGAUCACAGGUUGGAUAGCGUGUUAGGAGAGGACCUGCGAGCCGUAGGAGUUAAAUGUGCGAUAGGCGCGAGGGAGAUAUUGAACAAUUGGAAAGAUCGCGGCAGGGAUAUCUUCACACCGGUUGAGAAACAACUCAGGAAACAGAUAUGGUGGUCAUGCUGUAUUACAGACAAAUUGUCCGCGAUGUGGAUGGGCAGGCCUAUCACUUUCCGUGCAAAUGACUACUCUACGUUGAAGCCUGAUAUCACAGAGGAGGACAAUGAACUCUGGCAGCCAUAUCUACCCGAUGCUCUCGGACCAGAUUUUAUGCCACGGCCAGCAAUGACCAUAAGCUGCUACCGGGACCAAUGCGAGCUAUCUAUGAUAAUCACCGACAUUAUGGAUCAGAUAUACCCUGUGCGGACGUCGAAGGACAAGCCACGACGUCAGUUGAUGCAAGAGCUGGAGUACAGACUACACCACUGGUCCCUUAAUCUGCCGCAGCACCUCAGGUACUCACCAGCGAGCGCCACUGUGACACCAUUGUCACACAUACUCGUCCUCCAUAUCGAGUAUUACGCGGCAGUAUUGCUACUGCAUCGAGCCUUUAUUCCACACGCUAAUGGAGGAAUACACGACUCGGGAGCAGGAAACCUUCCAGGCGAUACAUUGCCCAUGAAGUCCUUUGACAUAUGCCAAAGUGCGGCUGCGAAUAUCAGUGCCAUUGUAACCGUUCUACACGAGAAGUAUGGACUUGACAGGGCUCCAUCGUUCUUGUCAAUUUAUCUUCAGAGUGCAGGGAUUAUGCAUGUCAUCACGCUGACUAGACGUCCUCAGGACGCGCAAGCUACAAUAGGCUUGAAGGAAUGUAUCGACGCGCUCCGCUACAUGGAGGGUAUCUGGCCUAGUGCGACUCGUGUGCGGAAACUCUUGGAAGGGGUCAAAGUCCUGCGAGAUGAGGUGCCGAUGUCCCUGCAGUCGCAACAGCAGCCUUCCAGACACAAGCGAUCAGCAGAAGAAGCGCUAGGCGCCGACCAGGUCGAGCAGGGUCUGAGCCAGUCCACAUACGAGAGAGCAGGCUACUCGCGCGAAGAAGUAUCCCAACCCUCAGUAGCGCUCGAAGAAGACACGACCGCACGCUUCAUGAUGCAGACACUUGGUCUCGACGUACCUGGCCUAGACGCGUCUCCCUCUUACUACAGCGGAUAUCAAUUUUGGCCGCACUCCGACUACGACGAAGGCAUUAUGCACGAUGAUACGAUGGAAGUGCCCACCACCAGUCCCUCCACAAACCUCGCGGAGGGCACAUUCUCGUUCUGUCAGCAGCAGCUUGUUCCAGAGUUCGUACAGGGUGUACACUACCCCAUCCUAGACCCAUCAAAUCUAUUCCCGCAAGGUCCACAUCCCAACCGGAAUCCUAGAGGAACACAUGGUCCGGGAUUGUGAGUUCCACAGGCGUUGGAGAGUUUAUGCCAGUAUUUGUCAUCUUCCCGGGCUAUCCGUUAAUCAUACUGCGAUGUGACAGGAUUGCCUACCAUAUAUUCCAAUCCUACGUUUUAGUCGUGUACUCUUGCGCGAGACUGACAUUUUAUACAAUACGAUACGGCAAAUACAACGCUCGGCCUGAUGCUAUUGCGCU